AUGUCUUCUUCCGUUUUCUUCAAGUUCAAGUCAUCCAAAGAACCUCAGCGCAUUGUCUUCGACGGCACUGGUAUCACUGUCUUUGAGCUAAAGAAGGAGAUUAUCAAAACCAGCGGGCUGGGUGAUGGCACGGACUUCGACCUUUCGAUAUAUAGCGAAGAUGCCAACGAGGAAUACGAUGACGAUACUACCAUCAUCCCCCGCUCUUCUUCAGUCGUAGCCAGACGGUUCCCAGCUCAGAAAGCCGGACAUGGCAAGGCCGCACGCUACGUGUCCGGCAAGAUGCCGGUCAACGCUAAGAACGCGUAUCGCACUGAGGCGCCCACAUCCAAGCCUGCCGUACCGGGCAAGAGUGUCCCCUCGGUCGAUGGAGCCUCAGAUAUGAACAAGGCACAAACAGAGGAGGAGAGAAUUGCGGCCAUGUUCAAGGCUGGCGGGGACCAAUGGGAGCAGCAGCAGGCUCAGAUGGCCAACGCAAAACCAGUGUAUCGAGGAGGCCACAACAAAAAGCCGAACAAUGUGCCAGCUGGUGAUCCACCACCAGGAUAUAUCUGUUACCGUUGCCACGAGAAAGGUCACUGGAUACAGGCUUGCCCAACCAACGAUGACCCCAACUUCGAGAAUAAGCCCCGCGUAAAGCGCUCCACCGGCAUUCCGAAAUCAUUCUUGAAGACCAUUGCGAAGCCAGUUGCUCUUACCAAUGAUGGUCUCACCGAUGACGGUCGUCAGCCGGCCACUGUCUUGAUGGAUAGAUUCGGCAAUUAUGUUGUUGCAGAAGCCGAUGAAAGGUCCUGGGAACAGUUCCAGGAGAAGGCCAAAGCCUCGGCUGCAAAGCAGAAGGAAGUCGACUCGGGCAGCAAAGAGCUGCAAGACCGUGGAUUAGAGUGUCCCAUUGACAAACGAUUGUUUGUCGAUCCCAUGAAAACACCUUGCUGUGGCAAGACAUACUGUCAUGAUUGUAUUGAGAACGCACUCGUCAAUAGUGAUCUCGUAUGUCCAAAUUGCUCCAAGGAAGGUGUCCUGAUUGACGACCUUAUCCCUGAUGAAGAGAUGAAUGCCAAAAUCAAAGCGUAUGAGGAUGAGAGGACUGCGGAACGUAAGGCGAAGGAAGCCUCGAAGAGCCCGAAGGGGGCAAAUGCGACUACUGCUGCUCCCAAGGACGAGACGUCAGAGGCGAGAUCUGCUGGAUCCAAGUCACCAGCACCGCCGAACAAUGCCGCCAGCACGCCAUCGACUAUCGCGGCUACUCCUGCCACCAAUGGAAACACCAACAAGCGGCCCGCCGAAGAUGAACUCAGCAACGACCGGGUACCGACAGCGCCGGCUGCCAUGCGCAAGCAGCAAGCUCAGACCGUGCAAGCCCCCAGUGGCAUCGAUCAGAACUUCGUGGAACAAAUGAACGCACUUUCUAACCCUCUGAUGAUGCAGAACCAACAACUUCCCGGUGGCAACUUCAACUCCUUCCAAGGCCCAGGCAUGAACGGCAUGGGCUUCCCGAACCAGAACGGAAUGAUGGGCAUGCCUAUGGGCACCAUGGCUCCAAUGAUGGGAACGGGCGCUGGCAUGAUGAACCCCAUGAUGAUGCAAGGCGGCGGCUCCUGGCCGAACAUGAACGGCAUGAACGGCAUGAACGGCAUGAACGGCAUGGGCGGCAUGGGCGGCAUGGGCUACCCACAACAAAACGGCUAUGGCAACUACAACCAGAACAUGAUGCCAAACGGUGGCUACGGCUAUCAGAACUGGCAAGGCCAACAGGGCUGGGGGAUGAACGGUACGAACGGUAUGAACGGCAUGCCGCAGCAGACGCAGACGGGGAACAGCAAGAUGGGCGGCUUUCCCAACCAGCAACGGACCGUCUUCAGCGAGCCGUUGCAGAACCAAGAGGACGACGCGUAUUUCCGGAAACCGGUUAAUCCGCACCGACAUCAGCAUCGGCAGAAGAGGGUCCGGCCGAGCGACUACAGGGAGCUCUGA